CGAGUCAGAUAACUGUUUCCUUUUUUAAGAAACAGAACCCUAUGUAGCUUUCGUCUCGUUGUCUAUCUCUCUCUCUCUAAAACUCCAGAAAUGCAAAGCAAAAAACAGAUAAAAUUCUGAAAAUGUUUGAAGGCUGAACUAAAUUAAGGAACAAGAAAAAAUGGAAUAAAUUUUGAAUCUUUUCUCUACAAAUCGAGGAUCAAGUUGGUAGGGCUUUCGUAUUUGUUUUUGAAUCUGUUUCUCUGUCCCAAACUAGGGUUUGCUUAGGGGAAAUCCAAUGUCUGGGGAAGACGACGAUCUUAUUCUUCCCGAUGAAGAAGAGGAGAUCACGCAGGAAGAUGCGUGGGCUGUUAUCAGUGCUUACUUCGAAGAGAAAGGUCUGGUGCGUCAACAGCUCGAUUCUUUCGAUGAGUUCAUCCAGAACACCAUGCAGGAAAUCGUCGAUGAGUCUGCUGAUAUUGAGAUUAGGCCCGAGUCUCAGCAUAACCCUGGCCGCCAGUCUGAUUUCCUUGAGACUAUUUACAAGAUCAGCUUUGGACAAAUAUACUUGAGUAAGCCAAUGAUGACAGAGUCGGAUGGAGAAACAGCUACUUUGUUUCCCAAGGCUGCAAGGUUGAGGAACCUCACCUAUUCAGCCCCCUUGUAUGUGGAUGUCACAAAGCGAAUCAUAAAGAAAGGGCACGAUUGUGAAGAAGUAACUGAGACACAGGAGUUCACUAAAGUCUUCAUUGGAAAGGUUCCUAUAAUGCUCCGGUCAAGUUAUUGUACAUUAUAUCAGAAUUCAGAGAAGGAUCUAACAGAGCUCGGGGAGUGCCCCUAUGAUCAAGGUGGAUACUUUAUUAUUAAUGGAAGUGAAAAGGUUCUGAUUGCGCAGGAGAAGAUGAGCACGAAUCAUGUGUAUGUGUUUAAGAAGAGACAGCCCAACAAGUAUGCCUAUGUGGCUGAGGUUCGCUCAAUGGCGGAAUCUCAGAACAGGCCGCCCAGUAGUAUGUUUGUACGGAUGCUUUCUCGGGCUAGUGCCAAAGGGGGUUCCUCUGGACAGUACAUUCGUGCUACCCUUCCGUAUAUCCGAACAGAAAUCCCAAUAAUUAUUGUAUUUAGGGCGCUAGGGUUUGUUGCUGAUAAAGAUAUAUUAGAGCACAUAUGCUAUGACUUUUCUGACACUCAGAUGAUGGAGUUACUUCGGCCAUCCUUGGAAGAAGCAUUUGUGAUCCAGAAUCAACAGGUAUCUCCUUGUUUCAAUGGUUUUCCUGGCUAGAUAAUGUAGUACUGAUUUAGGGAGAUUAACUAAACACAAUCAGGUGGUCAAAUCAGACUAAGUUCAGUUAAUGGGAUGGGGAGUAAGUGUUGGAAAUUUGAGAUUGAUGUACUGGUCAGAUCAGUAGAUACAGACUAAUCCUAGUAGCAAUAGGAUAGGGGGUACAAUGGUAGUUUCACCCAACAGAAUAUGAAUUAGAUCUGAGAAAUUAGCCAGCCAUUUGAUUCUUACCAGGACCUGGUAAUCACAGAAAAAUCAGAUUACUAAAAUACGGAUUCAAUACUGGUGUUCAAAACAAUACUAAGACAAAAAGGGUAAAACUGUAAACUUAAUGAUGAACACAAUGAUCAGAGUAAGGGUUAAUGAUCAAGGAUUGAUUUGGAAUAUGUGCACGAUAUCAAUAGAGAAACUACGGUACUAAAUCUCACAUUUCAGACUAUUAGAACAUGCACAUUAGCUGAUAUGAACACGGGCAGAUUAGGAAAUUAGAAAUAAAUCAAGAUCAACAGAUCAGAAUUAGUUCCAAAUCAUAUCGAGUUCAUCAUUAGGGAUUCUGAAUAACUGGUCAAAAUGUGAAUGAAUUCUAAUGGCUGGAUUGGUUCAAAAUUCAUGCAAAAAACAUGUAGCGUAUGAACCCUCAUAAGCAAAGGUCUAGUUGCUUUAGUUGUAGGAAAUUGAAGAAUACUUACUUCUUAAUGGAUGAAGAAGAUGAUGGAAUAAUAAGAAUGACAUAAAAUAACAUCCGGGCUUCACACCUCAAGGUGGUUCGACUGUUUCAAACGCCAACCUACCUUGAUCGCACAAAAGGGUUUCCUUGAUCAAACACAAGAGAUCUUCAAACAUAAAGAGGCAAGCAAAAGCUGCAUUUUCUUUGCUAAAUUCGUGUACAAUGCUGGCCUCUUUUACACUUUUAUAGAAAACUCAAAAAUAGACUCCUACACUAAAUGGAAAGGCCUAACAUAAUGCUUAACUAAUUAGGUAACAAAAACUGACUUGGCAAAUUGAAAUCAUAAAGAGAACUUCUCAAAACAGGAUUGGACUUAGAGUGGAAUCCAUAGUUGUCAAGGCGUUGCCUAGGCGUCUUGGUGGUGUGUCUGGGGCCUGGGCGACUGUGGCUUUAGUGCACUGGCUAAAGCCUUACAGCAAGGAUCUGGUUUGACACUUAAUUAUGCCAAAUAUUGUUAUUUCAUUUACUUAAGAUAUUAUUCAUAAAUAAGAAAAUAUCCCCUAUUUGAAUCCCAUAAAAAUAGUUUUAAAAUCAAA